AUGCUUACUGUGGUUCGCCCUGUUGCUGAAUUAGACAUCCAGGAUCGUUUUGGAGGUUAUCAUCGUGUGAGGGCUCUGAUUGAUUCGUGUAACAUGAUCAAUUUUAUAACUGAAAGAUUACAAAAAACGUUACAACUUACCAAGAGCAUCCGAUCUGUCACGAUAGAAGAGUUGAACAACAUGCAGUCGAAUUGUAACCAGGGUUCAGUUGAAUGUGACGUUACGCCGCAUGAGAGUAAUCAUCCCGUACUAAACUUUACAGCUAUCAUAUCCAAAAAUAUAUGUUCUUACCAGCCAAAAACUACCAUUGAUAUAUCCAAAUACAAUCACCUUCGAGAUUUAAAAAUUUCACCAAGUCAAACAUCUCCAAAUUGUAUUGAUCUUCUUCUUGGAGCUGAAUUGGUUCCGCAUAUCUUCACUGGAGAACGUCGUAUUGGUGAUGUGGACGAGCCAGCUGCAAUAGGGUCAAUUUUUGGAUGGCUGUUGAUGGGUAAAACUUCUGAGAAUAAUAACACAACUGCCAAUAUUUCUCUUUUGGUCGAGCCAUCUUUAGAUCAGUACCUCCAAAAAUUCUGGGAACUAGAUCAGGUCAAAAAUAGUAUUACCGAGGCGCCAGAAGACAUCAGAUGCGAAGGAGAAUUCGUAAAUAAUUACCAACGCAUGGAUAAUAGUCGAUUUAUGGUUAAAUUCAUUUUUAAAACUGCAAGUCCUGAGUUAGGUCAGUCUUACUCACAAGCCUUACGAAGAUUUUUAUCUCUGGAAAAAAGACUAAUUAAAAAUUCCACCGUCUAUGACAAAUACAAAGAAUUUAUGGAGGAUUACCUGGCAAAAGGACAUAUGUCUCUCGUUCCUUCACCCAGUUAUAACCAUCUAUCUUCCUAUUAUAUCCCACAUCAUCCAGUUCUUCGAGCUAAUUCUUCUAAAAUAAGAGUAGUAUUUGACGCAUCUGCUAAAACCAGCAACGGAUACUCUCUCAAUGAUCUUGUAUUUACUGGUCCUAAGCUUCAAAACGAUUUGGUUUCCCUGAUAUCGCCGUCUUAA